CAGAAAGCAAUAAACAAAACAUAAUCUACGCAGACCCGCAUAUACUUACAAGCCUACAAUUACAGACACACAAUACUUCCUGUCCAAAUCAUUACAUACAAAGCAUUUCCAUCUUUCCACGCUUCUUUCUCCAGCUUAAUCCUCUGCUCUCAUAAAUUUAAUGUUCUUUUUACCAAACGGCUUUUUACAGCUUAAAGUCUUGCUUUUUUAUUUUAUUUUGACAAGCAGUUUUGGAGGUUUUGUUGUGUAACACCCACCUUGUUUUAAAAGGGUAGGUGAAAAAAAAGAAAUAAGCCCUUUUGUUUUUUUGAGCUUUUAUUAGGUGGGUUGGUGUUGGAAUUGUAUCUGAGAUUGAGAAUCAAGAAUUGGGAGAUGGGUUCUUAUGGGAUGCUUGCUAGGAGGGUUGUGCAGACUGAAACACCUGUUAUGGUUCAGAUACAAGAAUUGAUCCGUGGUUCAAAAGAUGUGAUGUCCCUGGCUCAGGGGGUUGUGCAUUGGCUACCACCUAAGCCAGCAUUAGAAAAAGUGAAAGAGAUUGUUUGGGAACCUUCAGUUAGUCGAUAUGGUGCGGAUGAAGGUCUACCUGAGCUCAGGGAAGCAUUGGUUAAAAAGUUGCGUGAAGAAAAUCAGCUUUGCAAAUCUUCUGUGAUGGUUACUGCUGGUGCGAAUCAGGCAUUUGUAAAUAUCGUUCUGACAUUGUGCGAUGCUGGGGAUUCUGUAGUUAUGUUUGCACCCUAUUAUUUCAAUGCAUACAUGUCAUUCCAGAUGACAGGUGUUACUAAUAUUCUUGUUGGUCCUGGUAAUCCAGAGACGCUUCACCCAGAUGCAGACUGGUUGAAAAGGAUUCUACAGGAAACUAAACCAACACCCAAGCUUGUUACUGUUGUGAACCCAGGAAACCCAUCUGGAACCUACAUUCCAGAUGCCCUGCUCAAGAGGCUAUCAGAUAUCUGCAGAGAUGCUGGAUCUUGGCUUUUGGUGGAUAACACAUACGAGUACUUUAUGUUUGAUGGUCGAAAGCACUCAUGUGUGGAGGGCAAUCAUAUUGUCAACAUAUUUUCCUUCUCUAAGGCUUAUGGCAUGAUGGGAUGGCGUGUUGGAUAUAUAGCAUAUCCUUCGGAAGUAGAAGGAUUUGCAGCUCAACUUCUCAAAGUCCAGGACAACAUACCCAUUUGUGCUUCUAUAAUCUCACAACGGCUUGCACUUUUUUCAUUAGAAGUGGGACCAGAAUGGGUCACUGAUCAGGUGAAAGAACUUGUCAAGAAUAGAACAAUUAUUCAAGAAGCAUUGGCUCCCUUAGGAGAAGGUGCUGUUAAAGGAGGAGAAGGUGCAAUAUACUUGUGGGCGAAGCUUCCUGAGAAACACACUGAAGAUUUUGAAGUUGUUCGAUGGCUAGCUCGAAAACACGGGGUUGUUUUGAUUCCAGGAAGUGCGUGUGGUUGUCCUGGACAUGUCAGGAUCUCAUUUGGAGGACUGCUGGAGAAUGACUGCUUGCUUGCUUCAAAAAGGCUCAAGAAAGGAUUAGAAGAGCUGGUAACUAGUGGAAUGUUGGAGUGAUUGUUCGUCCAACAAUUAACAUAGAUAUUGAAAUAUAUAUUCACCAGAUUGUGGUACUACAAACUAGUAUAUUGCUAUUUCAUAAACUGCUGUUACUGCAGAAAUCUAUUCGGAAAGGGAAAUACUUCCUGCCGUGUUUUUAUAGAGAAAAAAAGAAGCUCCAUAAGUAAUGUGAGCCCUCUCUAUACAACAAUUGUGGAAUUGUGAACUUGUGAAAAGAUUGGAAUUGCUGUCGACUUUUGUGAUUCACACCCUUUUGAAGUGAAACUGGGUCUGUUUAGUUUAAA